UGUUCGUCGCGUCGAGAAUCUUGUUUGAUCUUGCUACUGCUGUUUUUGCAGUUUGUCAAGAUUCUCUUUGAAUUAAUCGAGCAAUUUCGAGAUGAACGCGAAAGAAAACUCCACGGCAUCGAUGGCGAAAGGUACAAACGCAUCGAACGUGAAACUCUACGGCAAGAUCGUGUUGACGUUGCAAAAUUGUCUCCUGCCUGAGGAAAAAUUCAACUCUACCCCAUCGCAUCUGGAUGGACUGGAUGCGGAAACCGAAACGGACUUGCGGAUACUGGGAUGCGAACUUAUACAGACAGCCGGUAUCCUCCUAAAAUUACCGCAGGUUGCAAUGGCUACAGGACAAGUAAUAUUCCAACGAUUUUAUUAUAGCAAAUCUUUAGUUAGACACAAUAUGGAAACAACUGCAAUGGGUUGCAUCUGCUUAGCCAGCAAAAUUGAGGAAGCACCUAGGCGUAUCAGGGAUGUCAUUAACAUUUUUAAUCACAUAAAACAAGUAUCCAGCCAAAAAGCAAUACAACCUGUAAUUCUUGAUCAGAAUUAUGUGGCUUUAAAGAACCAAGUGAUCAAGUCAGAGAGAAGAGUGUUGAAAGAACUGGGUUUCUGCGUUCAUGUAAAACAUCCUCACAAGAUUAUAGUUAUGUAUUUGCAAGUGUUGGGAUAUGAGAAAAAUCGCACGCUAAUGCAGCAAAGCUGGAAUUAUAUGAACGACUCAUUGCGUUCUGACGUGUUUUUGCGCUAUCAGCCAGAAACAGUGGCUUGUGCUUGUAUUUAUUUAGCCGCUCGUCAAUUACAGCUGCCUCUACCAACGACACCCGCUUGGUUCUCGGUGUUUAGAGUCAGCGAAUAUGCAAUCAGAGACGUAUGUCGACGUAUACUGCGUCUUUACUCACGACCGCGUGUACGACCCGAACAAUUGGAAAAACGCGUCGAGGAAUUGCGACGUCAGUAUGAAGAGGCUAGAACCAAGGCGCGCGGUGGAGACAUUGACGGGCAUACACCGAGUCCACCGUUGCCAAAACAUCACAACGCAUGGGGUGGAUUUAUCAGUCGCAGCGGCACACAUGCAGCCCCCGAAAGAACGAAAUCACCCAGACGCUCAAAAUCUCCAAGUACUUCCCCAUCACGAGGCGAAGAAACAAAGUAUUCAAAUAAGCGAAAAAGGCAUAGCAGAAGUAGAUCCCGAAGUCACAGUCAUAGUAGAUCUAGCAAACCCAAAAAGACUCAACGAAGGCGAUCAGGUAGCCACAAGUCAUCACGAAGAUCGCGUAGUUAUAGAUCACGAAGUCGAUCUCGGGAUAGGGAUUUGGAGAAAUCAAGCAAACAUCGUAGUAAACGUAGUAGACGACUACACUAAAUACUAAUGUAUAGUCAGCACUUUUACAUUAUGUUGUGAGAUAUCAUAGGCUUAAUUUACAUCGUGCUCUUAAUACGGGUACUAACUAGUAACUUUAUAUUGAAUUAUCUUAAUUUCGGCGAUAUAUGUAAACAUAUACAU